AUGCCUGCGGAGGCCCCGGGGUUGAAUGGCAUUGGAAAGUUCCAGUACCACUCUGGCAUCUACACGGAGGAAGCAGGGGUCAUGAAGGCGUUGUUCCUGGAGCUCCGUGAGUUCCCGCAGAACAUCCACUCGCGGUGUCGCCCUCGCCAGCCCAAUGUCCUGCAUCUCUUUGCCAUGGACAACGUCACAGAGGAGAUCAAGCGCAGCCUCGUGACCCGGUCGCCGGCAGGCCAGAACUUUGAGGCACGCCGUGGCAGGCCAGGGUGGGUGGUCAAUGGCGACAGGCCCUUCCAGAUUUGUGCAGCUGGCUGGGUGUGGCAGGAGGCGUACAAUGGGCCGAUCACCUUCUACCAUGUCGAAGACGGCCAGUCCUUCGAGUUCCACCAGUACGGCCCCGACUCGCCGGUCAGGUUCUGGAGUUACUCCGACAACGUCUGGCUGACGGCGGCCCCAAGCACAGGAUCCUGGCAGCACAACACAUACACGGACUGGAUCCACGACUUCCUCCGGCAGCUUCAGGACGGGGAGGAUGAGGAUUACGACGAGGACCAGGAGUACUGA